AUGCCCUCCUCUACCGAUCCACCUAGUCGCACGUCGACUCCACGAUCAUUCACCAAUCAAACACUCUCCGCGGAGGACUUGCUGAAAUCGCAAACGGUCGGUUUAGUGCAUCUCUCGGAAUUUCGCAAACGUCGAGCAGAGGUUCUUGAACAAAAAGAGAAAGAAGCGCAUGAUAAAUCCCUGGGAAUAUAUGCAUCUGCAACCUCGAGGACAGGAACACCAUCACAAGGCGACGUAACGGAUGGUGCGCUGACUCCCGGAUCUGUCACCUCUGAAGGGGGUCGGCCGAAGAAGAAGAAAAAGGCCCUUGCAAAGAGCAAACUGUCGUUCGGAGACGACGAAGAAAGCAAUGAUACUGGCGAGGACUCGGCUACAGCGACGCCACGCGACUCGUCGUCGCAACCUGCGUCAACGACACGCCUAGCAGGAAGCCCUGCGCCACCGCCGCGCAAGAUCACCGCCAACCCGAACGCUCCACCACCACCGAGGACGCUCACAAAAGCAGGGCUUGAAGCCGAGGCGCAGGCACGAGACGCAUUGCGCAAAGAGUUUUUGGCAAUGCAAGAGGCCACCAAGGCAACAGAAAUUAUAAUACCGUUUGUCUUCUACGAGGGCACGAUUAUUCCCGCUGGACAAGUCCGGGUUAAAAAAGGAGACCAUGUCUGGCUAUUUCUCGACCGGUGUCGAAAAGUCGGCGCUGAGCUUGGAGUAGGAGGCUCACGGAAAAACAGUCGUGCAAAGCGUGAUCAACGUCGAGAAUGGGCACGGGUCGGUGUUGACGAUCUCAUGCUUGUCCGAGGAGAUAUUAUAAUACCUCAUCAUUAUGAAUUCUAUUAUUUUAUCGUGAACAAGGUGCCUAGUUUUAGCAAAGCCGGGGGGUUGCUAUUUGAUUUUUCGGCAAAUGCACCAGUUGCAAAGGACGGCGAUGGCCCUAUUUCACGGCCAAAUGACGAGGAGCUUGAAGGCGCCAAUGCAGACCCGUCAUUGACAAAGGUGGUGGACCGACGAUGGUACGAGAGGAACAAACACAUCUUCCCAGCCAGUUUAUGGCGGGAGUACGAGCCUGGGGAGGAAUUUCUGGAGAAGAUGACCUCGGCCAAGCGAGAUGCUCAGGGAAAUGCAUUCUUUUUCUGA